AUGACUCCUUCUCCGCCACCCCCUCUGACCGAGCUCGAACGCCGUUUAGAAGAACGUUUCUCUCAGCUGCAAAUGCAACGUACAACUGAUUUGGAGGAGAUUCGUGCGCUAAUUCAAUCUCACGUAGAUCUCUCUUCCUCUUCACCUUCCGGCCGCCAACGUUCUACUGGUCCUCGCAACUCUAACAACAACAGUUACGCUACUCGGAUCUCCAAAGUGGAAUUCCCUCGCUUUGAUGGCAAAAAUGUUUGCGAGUGGCUCUACAAGUGCGACCAAUUUUUCCUGCUCGAUGGAACCCCACAAACAUCAAUGGUGAGACUAGCUUCCAUCCAUCUAGAUGGUUUGGCUCUGCAGUGGCACCUGAACUACAUGCGCCAUAAGUUUGAUAUUUACCCCUCUUGGCAACAAUAUGUCACUGAUGUCACAACAAGAUUUGGUGACGUCUAUGAAGACCCCUUGUCUUCGUUACUUCAGGUGAAACAUACCGGAAAAGUGCAAGAUUACAUCGACCAGUUUGAACUUGCGCUAACUCAGGUGACUCUUCUUCCUGAACACUCCCUUAGCAUCUUCUUAGCCGGCCUUGACCACCAUAUGCAGAUGCAAGUUCGUAUGUUUAAUCCUUCAUCCAUAGCUCAUGCUGCAAAUUUGGCCAAGUUACACGAAGCUUCACAAACUUCUCUCCCACAGCCAAAAUCACGCUUUCAACCCUUUUCCAAAUUUCAGGGUGUGUUACCCAAACCCAGUGUCGCACAAAAUAACACUCAGUCUCAAAACCCUCAAGUCACUCCAACCACCUUUUCCCCUAAAUCUAACCCUCAGCGUCCUUUCCGCACAUUUUCGGCAAUUGAAAUGGCUGAACGCCGCGCAAAGGACUUAUGUAUGUUUUGCGAUGAACAAUUUACCCCGGGACAUCAGUUUAAGCACAAACGAUCUCACCUCAUGGUAUUGGAAGUUGAUGAAGACGACAAUCCAACUGCGAACACUUCAUGUGACUCCCCUACACCUGAACCGGAUUCCUUUCAAGAUUUUGACAACCCUCAACUUUCUUUUCACUCCUUGACAGGUAUUGCUAAUUUUCAUACCAUGCGAGUUACCGGGUUACAUGAUAAGAAAAUGCUCCACAUUCUAUUAGACAGUGGCAACACUCAUAAUUUCUUGGACUUAGAAAUUGCUAAAGCCAUAGGUUGUAAACUAGAAGCUAUUCCUCCUUUGUCUGUGACUGGGGGUGGUGGCCACAAAUUGGAGGCGGCUUUUAUUUGUAGAGGGUUUAAAUGGCAGCUCCAACAGGCUCAAUUUACUGCGGAUGUUAUUGUCUUACCCUUAGUUUGCUGUGAUUUGAUUUUGGGUAUCCAAUGGUUGAAAUCUUUGGGACCUCUCUUAUGGGAUUUUGAUAAGCUACAGAUGGAGUUUUCUACUAAUGGUAGGAAAUUUGUCCUUCGAGGUGCGAAAACUCCGAGUUUCAAAGUUAUCAACAACAAAUCUUUUGCUCAAGUGGUCCACAAAGGCGCUGAGAUGUGUUUUCUGUCUAUUGGUGUGAAGGAUUAUUCUAUGGGAUUACCAACAUGCCAUGCUCUCCAGGGUUUUGAUUCUCAACAAGUCUUACCUCCAUCACUUGUUCAACUUCUAGACCAAUAUUCUGACAUCUUUGCUGAGCCUACUGCUUUACCUCCUUCUAGACCUGGUUUUGACCAUAAAAUUCCGUUCAAAGAAGGCACGCAACCGUUUAAUUUAAGACCCUAUCGUUUUUCCAUUGUGCAGAAAGAUAUCAUUGAUAAUAUUGUGCAGGACAUGCUGAAACAGGGUAUUGUGCAGCAUAGCAAUAGCCCUUUUGCAUCUCCCAUAAUUCUCGUGCGCAAGAAAGACGAUUCAUGGCGUCUUUGUGUAGAUUUUCGUAGGCUUAAUGAUUUUACCAUUAAGGAUCGAUUUCCCAUACCUCUCAUUGAAGACUUGAUGGAUGAACUUCACGGCGCCACUGUUUUUUCUAAACUGGAUAUGAGGUCUGGUUACCAUCAGCUGCGUAUGGCUCAUGGAGAGGAGCACAAAACUGCAUUCAAAACACACAACGGUCACUUUGAAUAUUUGGUGAUGCCCUUUGGACUCACAAAUGCCCCUGCAUCAUUUCAAGCUCUUAUGAAUCAGGUUUUUCAACAAUUUCUUAGGAAAUUCGUGAUUAUAUUUUUUGAUGAUUUACUUGUUUAUAGCAAGUCAUUCGAGGAUCACCUUGCUCAUAUACACCUCAUCUUCCAAACUAUUCGGGAUAAUCACUUAUUUUUGAAUAAAAAUAAGUGUGCUUUUGCUGAACCUAGAGUAGAAUACUUGGGACACUUUAUCACUAAAGAGGGAGUUUCUACUGAUCCUGCAAAAAUUCUGGCAGUGAGUUCUUGGCCUGUUCCCUCCACCAUAAAGCAACUCAGGGGUUUCUUAGGCUUAGCCGGCUACUAUAGACGAUUUGUCAAAGAUUUCGGUAAACUAGCAAAGCCCUUAAUUGACUUGUUGAAGAAAGAUAGUUUCUUUUGGUCUUCUGAAGCAAAUUUUGCUUUUCAACACUUAAAACAAGCAUUGAUUUCUGCUCCUGUUUUAAGCUUACCAAAUUUUGCAAAAAAAAAUGUUGUGGAAACCGAUGCCUCGGGUAAGGGUAUUGGCGCUGUUUUAAUGCAGGAUCACCACCCCAUUGCUUACAUUAGUAAGUCAUUAGGGCCAAAGCAACAGGCGUUGUUUGUGUAUGAAAGGGAACUUCUAGCUAUAGUCUAUGAAGAAGGUUCGGCAAAUGCCGCUGCUGAUGCUUUGUCUAGAAAAGCUGGAGCUGAAUUAUUGGCAUUGGUUCUCGGUACUGCAAGUAGUGACCUUUUGGAGAGUAUUCAUCUUAAUUGGCAGCGGGAUCCUCAACUAAGUAAAAUUAUUUCUGACAUGAAACAGAAGCCAGAUUCUCAUCCUAAGUAUACAUGGAUUCGUGAUGAACUCAGGCGUAGGGGAAAGUUAGUCAUUGGUUCCAAUCCUGUUAUCAAGGAAACUAUCUUACAGUGGUUACAUAGUUCAUCUAUUUGA